AUGCGUUCAGCGCCUUUAUCAAAUCGAAAGCCAUAUCCUCGAUCUUCAUCAGCUUUACGGCAGGCUCAUCCCAGUUUUCACAGUCGUUCAUCUACACCACUUGGCCUCAGAUCUUCACGAUUGACAGAAAGAAUUCAAUAUAGCCCUUGAAAUAUUUUAGAUAAUAUUGACUAUCCAUUUUAAUUUUAAAAUUUAAUUUGCACUUGUCAGCUUUUCGAAAAGUAAAAACAAAAUUAAAAAUCUCUGUUUAUGGCUUUGAGAUGCCAAAUUAGACUUAGACCGUAUAAGACAGGUGCCCUGGAUCAUUUUUUUCCUAGCCGAUACUCUAUAAGGGUAUAGAGAUCGAUUAUGGUGCAUAAAUUAUAUUCAGACUACCAUGAAGAGCUACAACAAUCCUCCGCCGAACUAAAACUCCUAAUGGAAGAACUUACCACUUUAAAUGAGCAAAAAGACGUUUUGCAGGACAUUGCAGACCAGCUUAAAAGAGAAUUAUAUUUAAGCUCGUCAUAUGCCAACAAAAUUAAAAAGAAUCACGACAAACUACACAAUGAAAACGCAAAAAUCAGAAAAGCAAAUGAAAAAAUAGGGGAGGACAGAGAAAGAAUAGGCAGAGAAAUCCGUAUUCUAGAUAAAGAAGUGAGAGAUAUAGACAAUGAAGUGAAGGAAAUAUAUGAAAAAUGCACAAAUAUCAAAUUGCAGAUGGAAGCUGAAGACUUAGCGAUUAAUGGGCUACUUAGUGUCACAAAGAAAAUGAAGAAAGAGUUAUCAUAUCAAAUGAAAGAAAGAGAUCAAUUUAAAAUUGAAUCCAAUGAAGCUGAAAAGCAAAUCUUUCAAAUAGAAAAUCGAAUUGAAAAAUUAAGGAUUGAAAAUGACGGUUUCUUAGAAAAAAUAAGUAAGAUUUCCAGAAAUGUAUAA